AUGGAUUUUGAGGCUCAUCAUCAGAUCUGGGUGGGACAAUUUCAGGCCAGCCCUGAACUCUCUGCUGCUUUGUACAGGUCACAGGAGGAGGAUGAGGAGCUGGGACUUUUGACAUUCAGGGAUGUGGCCAUAGAAUUCUCCCUGGAGGAGUGGGUGUGCCUGGAUCCUGCUCAACGGAAUUUAUAUAGGGAUGUGAUGUUAGAGAACUACAGAAACCUGGUCUCUGUAGCCAGACCUAAUCACCUGUUUGGAGCAAAGGAAAGAGCCCUGGAAUGUGAAGAGACCUGA